UCAUUAGCCAUAAAGAGUCUGUCACACGUGUUAUUACUUAGCCGUGCUUGGAGUUAUAGGACUUUUCCAGCUACCCUUUCCCACCGAAACGGGACACUUUCCCUCGAAAAACGCCUUUCAAAGCUCCAAUUCAUAUGCACCACUCCAUUACUCCCGACCCAAAUGCUCCAAUUCUCCCCCUGAGCACCACUAAUGAGCUCUAAGCAGACCACCAUGCGUUGGCCACACAAUGCCACACCGCCGCGUGGCCCCAACUCCCCCAUGGGGUUCACUAGCCGGCAAAUCAAAACAUGGAACACCAAAGCAUUAAAAACAUUAACAGUCGACGUGCGACAACAACCGAAGACAAAGUCACUGAGCCACCGAACCACUGCACCACACAACCACCCAGUUGAAUGGCCCACACCCAACCAUUCGGAAUACCACCCACAUGCCGCCCCACAUCCAGUUGAUUCAGAAGUCCUGUCCACUUGCCUUCGUGUCGUGUCUGCCGGCAAUUUACACAAAUUCAAUAAACGACCAAAGCCCGUCGUAGUGGAAUUCAAAACAAGAACUGGUGGUGGUUUAAAUCGGACUCAAGUGGGUGGUGCAUUAAUGGGCGCUCAUUAAAGUGCUCAAAUCGAUUUUCGGCAUUAUCAAAUUAACUGCCUUCAAAAUAGGCAACGAAUUAUCAUAACUUAUAAAUUAUAUAUUUCAUUCGGAAUUAAGUUUAUCUAUAAUACAUUAAGACUAUAAUCAGUUUAUAUAGAAAAUAGAAAUAUAUGUAAGUAGUAUGAUGAUGUCAAUGGCGCCAAAGGAAAAUUAAUAUAAUAUAUGUAAGUGCAUGUUUUCGCAAGGAGUUCCUUUAACAUCUUACAACAUAUAUAUAUUUUUCAAGCGAUCGCUAUUAUAAUUUUUCCCAGUGUAUCGAAUGACACCCCAUCACUCAAUUCGAACGCCCAUCUUUGUUGACAUUCAAGGCCUGUAAUUUGUGUACAUAUUUGAGGAGCAAGUGCCGCGGAAGCUUGGUCUUUUUGUUAUGGGCUGUUCCAUCACAAAUGCAUGGCACCUGAAUGGGAACAUGGAAUUAAAAUGAAUAAUCAAACCCGUUGGCACUCAAUAAGUCCCACGUUUUAUAAUUGAGCACCUCUUAGGCAAAUGAAAUUAAUUAUGGCUUUGGGGAAGCGACAGUUGGCUGCGGGGCUAUGGAAGUUUUCCUUUAUACGAGUGACAGGUGUUGGGUGUUUGGGGUCAGAAGUCACAACAUGUUAGGCACACGGACACUGAUUAUGGAUUAGCGUGAAUGGAUUGACACUUCUAUUUCCGGCAACACUUUCAUUUAAUUUGAAUUUUAUGCACUUCUAUUUAAUCAUACGAAUAAGGAAAAAUUGGUAGUUCCUGAAUUCAAGAAUCCAUAUAUGAUUUGAAAUAUAUGAUUAGAAAUAUUGAAGCUGUUGUAAUAUGGAUAUCAUUGUGUAAAAUAUUAUUUUACAACAUUAUUUUUUUCGAGAUCCAUCAACUUUUUAUUGGAAUUUUGAUCCAUAACUUGAACCUUUGAAGGUUAAUAGACUCUUAAGGAUUUCGGGGUUCCCAGUUGAGGUACAGUUCCCUCUUGAUGACCAUCGAACUGCUCCAUUUGAUUUGCAUGCGGAGACACGCAGGCACUUUUUGGGUGUUCAAGUUCACGGCUUGAUUUAUGGCCCACGCCAGCUCCUUUAGCUCCUUGAGUUCUUUGGGCCACAGGUAAACAAGAGCCAUGGGACUCCAAGGACCCUCCUCCACAGAGAAAUUCCCUGUAAAGAGGCGAGACCUUGGCGCGCAAAUUCACAAGUCCAUUAGGAGUUCGUUGGGUGUUUCCCGCGCUGAUGGCAGUUUUACGAUUGUUGACAACAAGUUGACACGAUUUGUAAUGGUCCUGUCCAGGUCAGGUCAUCAACCAGACCAGGCGGCACGUGGCUGCACAAGGACUACCCACCCACAUAUCCAUUGCUAUUUGCCAUUUAUCUGAAGGAUCGCAGUGAUGGCGGCCAGUGCUGGAGCGAGCAGCUGGUCGGGCAGCAGUGGGGGCAGCAACUCCUCCCAAGGACGAUCCAUUGCUACAGCUCAACCGGCGCAGGAGGAGAGAUUAGUGGUGGCAGUUCGGGUUCGACCCAGUAUGGAGGCCACGGAACGCUGCAUCGAAGUCGUCUCCGGCGGAUCACUUCUGUACGAUGAUGGCGGAAAGAGUCGUCCACGGCAGUAUUCGUACGAUCAUGUAUUCCGCGAGAACGAUAGCCAGGAGCAGGUUUACAAAACGACUACGGCUCCCUUGGUCAGGGAUGUCCUGAACGGUCUGAAUGCGGCCGUUUUCGCCUAUGGAGCCACGGGAUCCGGAAAGACGCACACCAUGCUGGGACCUGUGCCGCGCAAGAAACCGCAGACCAGCGAUCGCGCCCCACCCACCGCAUCCUGUGAUUCCACAGACGUAAGCAGCCAGGACAUCGGGCUAAUGGUGCGCGCCAUAGAAGAUAUAUUCAGUCACAUCGAGUCAGCGGAGGCGGAUUCGUGUCGCGUUUCCAUAUCCUACCUGGAGAUAUACAACGAGCUUAUAAGGGACCUCCUUAAUCCUGGAGGACCCUUGGAGCUGCGAGAGGAUCAUCGUGGCCAGCGUAUCACCGUGGCUGGUCUCUCGGAGAUUACCACUUCCAGCAGAAAGGAGGUUGUGAGUCUGUUGCUCAAGGGAAACAAGGCCAGGACCAUGGAGCCGACGGCCGCGAAUCAAACCUCCUCACGCAGUCACGCCCUUCUGAGUAUUAUGGUUCAGGCAAGGACGCCUCUGGGCACCAAGCAAGGACGACUCUUUCUCACCGAUCUGGCUGGAUCGGAGCGGGCUAAGAAAACAAAGAAUAGGGGUAAACGACUGCAGGAAGGUGCCCACAUAAACCGAAGCUUGCUGGCGCUGGGCAACGUUAUCAAUGGACUAUCCGGCGGAGCUAGGUAUGUCAACUACCGCGACUCCAAGCUAACCAGGCUGCUCAAGGAGGCGCUGAGUGGUCGCUGCAAGACCGUAAUGAUUGCCCAUGUUGCACCGGAAAGUAAGCACCGCGAUGAGACCAAGAACACUCUGGUUUACGCCGAUCGAGCUAAUAGCAUCACCACCAAGCUCCAGAACUCCGUGUACAUCGAUGAGUUCAAGGACUUUCCCACCAAACACUACCAAAGUCUCGUUUCGGAGCUGCGCGAAGAAGUAUCACGUCUGCGAACCAAGAUGCUAACCGAAAGGCCUCGGAGUGGAGCAGCUGCAGCAGCGGCAGCCGCAGCAGCUUCUGGCUCUGCUGGAGCCGCCGGAUCUGGAGCUGGAUCGGAAGCUGUACAGGAACAGGACGAACAGCGCAAGACGGAACUCCGUUACCUGCGCGAACAGAUCGUUCUCACCUUUAAGCAGCAGAUGAAACUGCGCAGGAAACUCCUCGAGGCCGAGAGCCAUCUACUGGGCUUGGAACUGGACGCUGAGCGGCAGCAUUUGAUUAUCUCCCACUGGCAAGGACGCAUUGGGAAACUAUAUGACGCAAUAGGCGAUGACGACAUUGAAUCAGAGGGAUCGGUGGCUUUGAAAAAUGCCUGGGGAGAACUGGCGGCCAUAGAGAAGGAAACUCGCCGCUACAAGGAAAUCCGCGAGAGGACGGAGCACGAACUGGAGCAAUGCCGCCAGAAGGGAGUCAAACUGGAGGAUGAACUUCCGGAGCGCAUUAGCAGUGAUGAGGAACGCGAACUGCUAGCCCUGCUCUGCCGCGUCCACGAGUUGGAGGCGGACAAGGUAUCCCUGCAGGCGGAGCGGCUGGCUCGCCAAGCGGAGCUGCGCAGGCGUGACCUUCAACUGCUUAGGGCAGAAAGACAGCGACGCCUCUGCGAGGACAUCAUAAGCUCCCAGAGGAGGCUCAUCGAAGAGGGCAACGUGGAUCUGCCGGAUGAGUUGCGGGAGCUUUAUGGGCUGUACCAGCAGGAGAUACAUGCUGGCGUGGUCACACCCAGCACCAGCAACAACGAACGGAAACUACCUCCCAUCUAUACUGCGGGAUCUGACUCACCCGGCUCCAGUUCCAGUUCAGAGUGGUCGCCGGCCUCGCCCCUGCCUCAAAUCGACAACCAGAUGGAUCCUGUCGACCGAGUCAUGGGCCCACCCGUCAAUCCGCGUCUGCCCCGGCUUUCCGCAGCCACAAGUGCGAAUAUUCUAGCCGGAGGACCACGGCGCCCUUCGUUAAGGGUGGCCAGGAAUCCACAUCCACAUCCGUAGGAUUAACGGUCACUAGUGGAAAGGAAGGUGCUCAGGAAUAGUUGUAACUAAGGCGUAGGAUUCUUAGUAAGGGGACUCGAAUGUCUGCUCAAAUUUACUUAUUGUGUUAUAUCUUUCCAUCCCAGGCACUUAAAUAUGUUAUGCAUGUAUCCAAUAAAAAUGUAAGCUUUAAGGAUUUAACAAAUUUUUAAAAUAUAAAUAUUGAUUCAGCUUGGAAUUAGCUGAAAAACUA